GCUACGUCGGGUAAACUUGGCAAGCACAUCGGCAGAAUGUCGGAGACAGUUCCUUGAGAGUAAUAGUCGCUUGCUGGCAGAUCCAGUUUUGAAAGAGGUUGUGGAAAGUCAGCUAAAGAUGCCUAAGCAGCAGCGUAGUACACAGGCCAUGAUCGUUGUUAUAGGAGGGUUCUUGCAACCCCGGACAGGGCCCAAGAACCCAAGACUACAAGGUGUAGAGAAGAUAGAUCCUCGUUCCAAUUCCUGGUCUUCUCUAGCAGAUUUUCCAAUGAAAAGUUCAGGAGCAGUAGCCCUUAACCUUCGUGGUCAUUUAUUUUGUUUGGCAUAUGAACCUGUUGAAAAUCGCCGUGGUGCCACCCUAGUCACAGAAACAAGAAUUUUUGAAUUUGACUUGGUGAAAAACCAGUGGCUUGAUGCAAGGAGCAACUUUUCAGAUCAGGUCUUGACGUGUAUAGAUGAGUGUUUGCAAGCUUCUGGUGCAGUGACCGUGUGUGAGGAAACAAGUGUGAUCUACACUGUGUCUGGUACUGAGGUAUGUAGGAUACCUUUCACGGAACUUGAUGGAAAUAUCUUUUGUAAGCAAGUGCAUUAUUUGCCCAAACCUGCUGAAUACAUGUCGCCAUCACAUUGUAUGCAUUCAGCCAUUGUGGUAAACCAAAACUUGUAUGUGCUUGGUGGUGGUGACAAGGCACAGAGAUCUGACACUGUACCUUCUAACAUAGUCAUCAUGUUUGACCCCAGUGAAGGUGUUUGGACCCGCAAGAAUGGAAUGAUUGAACAACGUUUGAAAAUGGAUGUUGCAACAAUAAACGGUCAGAUCUAUGCCAGUGGUGGGUUCAACAUUCAUCGGCUAAAUACUGUAGAGUGCUAUAAUCCUCAAACAGACAUGUGGCUGAGAGUGCAACACAUGAACUGGGGGCGCAGCCACCACAAGAUGCUAGCACUCAAUGGAAGGCUGUGGGCUAUAGGCGGAAAAUCAUACUCUUCUGGAAACCAGGCACCUAGAGAUGUGUUAAAUUCAUGUGAAGUAUAUGAUCCUGAUCAGAACAAAUGGACAGAGGGGCCCAGCAUGAGACACGCUCGCUGUAAUUUUGCAGCCACUGUUUUGUAGUCAUGUGUCCUUCAGCAAAACUAAUAAGAACCAACGAUCUCCUAUCACUGCUAGUGUAGCAUUUUCAAAUUGAGAUGUGUACAUAUACAUAUGAUAUAUAAAGAAUAAACUUCCAGCAUACUGUGUGUGCAUGCAGUAAUAUUUAUGGGUAACUGUUUAUGUGUAUGUCUUGUACAAGGAACAGGAUGCAAAAAAGGGAUUGGCUUUAGGGUGGUAUUACAGUGUUGUUGAGUCAGAGAUGUUCACCUGUUUGGUUUUUUGGUAUUUUGUACAAAAAAGCUGCAAAACACAGAAAUAUAAUUUUUGAACUGAU